AUGGGGUUGUAUCAUUUGGCUAUUGGAUUAGUUUCAUUUCUUUCGAUGGUGAGUGGUGCAAUGACCAUAGGUGCCAACUGGGGAACGCAAGCAAGCCACCCUUUGGAUCCAGCAAUUGUGGUGAGGCUACUUAGGGAAAAUGGAAUCCAAAAGGUUAAGCUUUUUGAUGCAGAUUAUGAUACUCUAAAAGCUCUUGGUAAGAGUGGGAUUGAGGUCAUGGUUGGUAUCCCAAAUGACAUGCUUGCUACUCUGGCUACUAGCAUGAAGGCUGCUGAGAAAUGGGUUUCCGUUAAUGUCUCCACACAUGUCACCAAAAAUAAUGUCAACAUCAGAUAUGUUGCAGUUGGAAAUGAACCUUUCUUGCAAACGUACAAUGGAAGCUUUCUCAGAGCAACCUUCCCUGCUCUCCAGAAUGUCCAGGCUGCUCUGGUAAAAGCCGGGCUUGGCCGUACAGUAAGUGUCACUGUCCCUCAGAAUGCUGAUGUCUAUGAGAGCUCAAGUGGUCUUCCUUCUGAUGGUGACUUUCGAGCUGAUAUCCGUGAUCUCAUGCUUACCAUCGUCAAAUUCUUAAACGAUGCCACUGCCCCCUUCACUGUGAAUAUCUAUCCUUUCAUAAGCCUCUACACUGAUUCCAACUUCCCGGUUGAUUAUGCCUUCUUUGAUGGCAAUGCAAAUCCUGUAAAUGAUGGUGGCGCAUCCUACUAUAACAUGUUUGAUGCUAACUAUGAUACUCUCGUGCAUGCUCUACAAAAGAACGGGUUUGCGAAUUUGCCUAUCAUUGUUGGAGAGAUUGGAUGGCCAACUGAUGGAGACAGGAAUGCUAACAUAGAAUAUGCCCGGCGGUUCAACCAAGGUUUCAUGUCACAUAUUUCAAGUGGGAAAGGGACCCCAAUGAGGCCUAAUACUGGUAUUAAUGCCUUUUUGUUUAGUUUGAUUGAUGAGGAUGCAAAAAGUAUUGAUCCUGGGAACUUUGAACGGCACUGGGGGAUAUUUACAUUUGAUGGAAUACCCAAAUACGCCCUCAACCUUGGCACAACAAAUGCUGGAACUUUAAUUCCAGCAAAAGGAGUCCAGUACCAGGGCCGUAAAUGGUGUGUGAUGAAGCAAUCAGCCAAGCUUGAUGACCCACAAGUGGCACCAAGUGUAAGCUAUGCCUGCGGACUAGGUGACUGCACUAGCCUUGGUUAUGGGACAUCAUGUGGAGAUUUGAAUGCUUGGGGGAACAUUUCAUAUGCAUUUAACAGUUACUUCCAGAUGCAGGAUCAACAUGACGAUGCAUGCAAGUUUCCAAACCUUUCCACAAUAACCAAGACAGAUCCAUCUACUUCAACUUGCAGAUUUGAGAUAAUGAUUCAGCCAUACUAUGGAGGUGCGGCAGAGACACUCGGACGAGCCAAGAAGGCACUAGGUUUGGUUGCAGGUCUCAUCCUAUUUUUCCUAACUAUUGUGUAA